UAUCCAAGUUUUAGCUUAUAUGAUCUUUGCAUUUCUUCUUCUUUCAGCUUCUCAAUCUCAUUUCUCAAUAGCUUUAAGGAUUCCAGCCAUUGAAACAGUUGAUUAUGAUUUGAAGAUUAGUACUGCAAGACAAACACAAAAUCCUUCCAACAGGUUCUCGUUAGCUUGGGUGAAAGACGACAACAUGCGAAAGGUUCCAUCUGCCCCAAACCCCAGUGGGAACCGCCAUCCGCCAUCCAAACCAUGAAUAUCAAGGAUUCAACCCUUUGAUAUUUCCUUAUUUUGAUCAACAGUUUUGCAUAUUGUGAUAGACAUUUCCAUUGCUUAAUUUUUCCUGUAUUUGCAUUCUAUAAGGGUUUCAGUGUAUAAUAUAGGUGGUUCUAUUUCAAUGAAUACCAUUGUUUCUCUUUGCUAAA